GUGAGUUAAGUGUGUUGUGUUUAUUAUGUUACAUAUGUUCCUUCCAAAUGCAGUUUGUUUAUCAUGAAUGGAUGUUGUGUUUUGUUAAAUGCUUUUUCUGCAUCUGUUGAAAUGAUCAUUUGGUUUUUAUCCUUUCUUUGUUGAUGUGAUGUUCUUUUUCUUAGAGUAGAAGUUGAGAUCCUUGAUUUUUGAGACCUUUAUUCUUUAGUAAUAUGCGCAUUUCAUGCUUAAAAUGUCCCUCUAAACACUACAGUGUACGUGUCUCACAGAUAUGUCUUUGUUUUCAUUCAGUUCAGAAAAUUUUAUAACUUUUUUUUCUUACUUUUUUCACUCAUAGGUCAUUUAGAAGUGUUAUUAUUUGACUUCAAAUACUGAGAGAUUUUUCAGAGAUUUUUCUGUUGUUGAUCUCUAAUUUAAUUCUUCUUCUGUCAGUGGAUACAACUUUUUAUGACCUAUUUAUUUUUGUGUUUUCCUACAAAGAUUGAUCUACCUUGUCAUUGUUCUGUGUGCAUUUGAAAAGAAUGUGUAUUCUGUUAUGGUUGGAUUGUCCUAUCCAUGUCAGUUAGGUCAAAUUGAUAGUGUUUUUCAAGUAUUCUAUAUCAUUACUGAUUUUCUGUCUAGUCUUUAUACCAAUUAUUGAAAAAGGGGUGUUGUCAUUUUGUGUUUGAACAUUUCUCAUUUCAGUUUUUGCUUUGCGUAGUUUGAACCUCUAUUAUUAGUGCAUAAGCCUUUAGAGUUGUUCUGUGCUCUUAAUAUCCUGACCCUUUUAUCAUUAUGAAACGGCCUUCUUUAUCCUGAUAGUUUUCUUUGCUCUAAAAUGUAUUUGUCAAGGGGCACCUGGGUUGCUCAGUCGGUUAAGCAUCUGACUUCGGCUCAGGUCAUGAUCUCACCAUUUGUGGGUUCAAGCCCCAUGUCAGGCUCUGUACUGACAGCUCAGAGCCUGGAGCCUGCUUUGGAUUCUGUGUCUCCCUCUCUCUCUGCCCCUCCCCUGUUUGUGCUCUCUCUCUCAAAAAUAAACACACCCACAAAAAAAUUUUUAAAUAACUAAAUAAAAAUAAAAUGUAUUUGUCAAUAUUAAUACAACCAAUCCAGUUUUCUCUUGAUUUUAGGUAGCAUGGUCUGUCUUUUUAUACUCUUUUAUUCUUGUUUAUGUAUUUAAAUUUGGCUUCUUGUAGAUACAAUAUAGUUGGGUUUUUGUUUUUAUUCAGUCUUCCAAUCUUUGUCUUUUAAUUGGAGUGUUAACACCAUUUACAUUUAUAUUUAUUCACAUAUUUGUCAUUUCUGGUAUUCUCUAUUCCUUUGUGUAAGUUAAAUUUCCAGUUAGUAUAGUAUUCCGUCUGCCUGAGGAUUUAGUGUAAUAUUUCUUUCUGUGAAGGUCUCCAGCAAUGAAUUCUUUCAACUUUUAUAUGUCUAGAAAAGUCUUUAUACUUUCUUAUUUGUAAUUGAAUAUAGAAUUCCAGAUUGACAAUUUUUUUUUACUUUCAGUGCUUUAAUAAUGUUGGGUCACUGUUUAAUUUGUUGUGCUUCCUGGGAGAAAGUCAACUGUCAUUCUUUCUUCUGUAAAUAAUGUGCCCUGUUUUUCCUUGAUUACUUUUAAUAUUUUCUCUUCAUCUUGCUUUAAACAAUUAUGAUAUGCCUUCUUGUAGUUUUCAUAUUUCUUAUUCUUGAAUUUGUUUACAUUGUGGUCUGUGAGUUGAUUGUAUUCCUGGAAAAAUUUUGGCCAUUAGUUCUUUAAACAUAUUUUUUUUUUUUUAAUGUUUAUUUAUUUUUGAGACAGAGCAUGAACGGGGGAGGGUCAGAGAGAGAGGGAGACACAGAAUCGGAAGCAGGCUCCAGGCUCUGAGCCAUCAGCCCAGAGCCCGACGCGGGGCUCGAACUCACGGAGCAUGAGAUCAUGACCUGAGCUGAAGUCGGACGCUCAACCGACUGAGCCACCCAGGCGCCCCUCUUUAAACAUAUUUUUAUCUCUCUUUUUCCCCAAUCUCUUUCAGGGACUCUAAUUUCACGUAUAUUAGGCCAAGUGAAGUUGUCCAACAAUUCACUUAUGCUUUGGGGUUUUGGUGUUUUUUUCCAAUCUGUUUCAUUUUGGAAAAUUUCUUUUGUAUCUUUAAGUUCACUUCUGCAGAGUUGAGUUAUUAAUUCCAUCCAGUGUAUUUUUUCAUCUUAGAUUUAGUGGUUUUCAUCCCUAGAAGUUUUGCUGCUCAUGCUUUCCCUUGCCUUCUUGAGCAUAUGAAUUAUAUUUAUAAUUAUUUCAGUGUAUUAAUCUACAAAGUCUAUCAUCUGUGUCAUUCCUGUCUGUCGUAUUGUCAAUUUUAUUAUUCAUUAUGAGUUGUAUUUCUCUACUUUGCAUAACUGGUAAUUUUUUAAUGUAUGCCAGACAUUGUGAAUUUUACCUUUUUGGGUGCUGCAUUUAUUUUGAAUUCUUUUAAAUAUUCUUGAGCUUUGUUGACAGACAUAGUUAAAUUACUUGAAAACAGUUUUAUUUUUUCAAAGCUUGCUUUUAAGCCUUGUUAGGUGAGAUUAGAGGAGACUUGAGUCUGAGGCUGAUUUUUCCCCACUGUUAAUAUAAAAUCCUUCUGAGCAUUCUAUCCAAAUUUUCCACUUGGCUGGAGAAGAACACAAAGUAUUUCUGGGUCUGUUUAAACAACCUUCCUUGUUUCACCAACUCUUUUCAGGUAGUUCUUUCUAGCUUGGGGCUGUUUCCUCAUAUACAUUUGCUGAUCUUACUCAGCCAGAGACUCAAGACUUCUACAGAUCUCUCUUCUCUUUGUGCAUCUCUCUGCUUUCAAAUUUUAGCUUUCUUGAAUUCACAGUCCUGUGUCUUCAAUUCAGGGAGAUUACCAAGCUCUGUUUGGGUUCCUCUUCCUGCACUGCAGCCUGGAAACUCUCUUGGCAAUAGCUAGGGCAUUCAUAAAGCUCCCCCAUUUGCUUUUCUUCUCUGAGAUUACUGUCCUGAGUUGCCUGUUGUUUAGUGUCUGAAAAUUUGUUGUUUCACUUAUAUUGUCAAGUUUUCAGUUGUUUAAGGCAAGCAGAAGAUAAAUCUGGUCCUGUUACUUCACCAUAGCCAGAAGUGGAAGUCUUAAUGUAUUUAUUAUGUAUCUCUUAUAUGCCAUUCUUUUUCAUGCUUUUCUUUUUUCCUGUCAUAGAAUGCCUCUCCUUUUUUGAUUAUUUUUUUAACUCCUGUUAAGUCUUCAGAAUUCAACAUGGAUGAAGCUCAUCUGGGAAGCUUCCCAUGACCUACGCUGAUAGAAAUAAUUACCCCCUCUUCCAUAUUUCACGUUUCCUUAGUUUCCAGUACUUCUUUAUAUAGUACUUAAUAAUGAAUUAUUUGAUUCAUUCUGCUAGGUAUUUCAUAUAUUUUAUCUUACUUAAUUUAAUCCUCAUAGUAUCCAUAUGAGGUUGUUAUUAUUAUGGCCCCUACACAGUGCCAGUGCCUGGCUUGAGAUAGAUAUUUUAAUCAAUUUAUGAAUGCGUGACGAAGAUAAUUGAAAUAACAUCCAGAAGAAAUUGAUUAGAGUGUUGAGGGGGACUCAAAAUGAUGUCGUGUUUGGAAUUGUUUAAGGAACUGGAGAUGUUUAGCCUGGAGAAAGAAGACUGUGGAACCUGAAUACCAUCUUCAAAUGUUUGGAGGGCUGUCACAUUGAAGAGGGAUUAGAGGAGUUCCCUUUGGCCCCAAGGAGUCGACAGAGGUACGUUCUUGGAGACACAGCAAUGCAGAAGAUGGCCAAGUCCCGUGUUUUCUUAAGUGGUAUGGGUGGUCUUGGUUUGGAAAUUGCAAAGAAUCUUGUUCUUGCAGGAAUUAAGGCACUUACCAUUCAUGAUACAGAAAAAUGCCAAGCAUGGGAUCUAGGAGCCAACUUCUUUCUCUGUGAAGAUGAUGUUGUUAAUAUGAGAAACAGGGCUGAAGCUGUACUUCAACAUAUUGCAGAACUCAAUCCUUACGUUCAUGUCACAUCAUCUUCUAUUCCUUUAAAUGAAACCACAGAUCUCUCCUUCUUAGAUAAAUACCAGUGUGUAGUAUUGACUGAGAUCAAACUUCCGUUGCAGAAGAAGAUCAAUAACUUUUGCCGUUCUCGGUGCCCUCCAAUUAAGUUUAUCAGUGCAGAUGUACAUGGAAUUUGGUCACGGUUGUUUUGUGAUUUUGGUGAUGAAUUUGAAGUUUCAGAUGCAACAGGAGAAGAGCCAAAAGAAAUUUUCAUUUCAAAUAUAACGCAAGCUAAUCCUGGUAUUGUCACCUGCCUUGAAAAUCAUCCUCACAAACUUGAGACAGGACAGUUUUUAAUGUUUCGAGAAAUUAAUGGAAUGACAGGGUUAAAUGGAUCGACACAACAAAUAACUGUGGUAUCACCAUUUUCUUUUAGCAUUGGUGAUACUACAGAACUGGAUCCUUAUUUACAUGGAGGCAUAGCUGUCCAAGUUAAGACUCCUAAAACAUUUUGCUUUGAACCAUUGGAGAGGCAGAUAAAACAUCCAAAGUGCCUUAUUGUGGAUUUUGGCAAACCUGAGGCACCUUUACAGAUUCACACAGCUAUGCUUGCCUUGGACCAGUUCCAGGAGAGCUAUAGUCGCAAGCCAAAUAUUGGGUGCCAGCAAGAUUCAGAAGAGCUCUUGAAACUAGCAACGUCUAUAAGUGAAACCCUAGAAGAGAAGCCGGAAGUAAAUGCUGACAUUGUGCAUUGGCUCUCUUGGACUGCUCAAGGUUUUUUACCCCCACUUGCUGCAGCAGUAGGAGGUGUUGCUAGCCAAGAAGUAUUGAAAGCCGUAACAGGAAAAUUUUCUCCUUUGUGCCAGUGGUUGUACAUUGAAGCAGCAGAUAUUGUCCAAUCCCUAGACAAACCUGAACGUGAAGAAUUUCUCCCACGAGGAGAUAGAUAUGAUGCCCUACGAGCUUGCAUUGGAGACACUUUGUGUCAGAAGCUACAAAAGUUGAAUAUCUUCUUGGUAGGAUGUGGAGCCAUAGGCUGUGAAAUGUUAAAAAAUUUUGCUUUACUUGGUGUUGGCACAGGCAAAGAAAAAGGAAUGGUUACAGUUACAGAUCCUGACUUGAUAGAAAAAUCCAACUUGAAUAGACAGUUCCUGUUUCGUCCUCACCACAUACAGAAACCUAAAAGCUAUACUGCUGCUGACGCAACCCUGAAAAUAAAUCCUCAAUUAAAGAUAGAUGCACACUUGAACAAAGUAUGUCCAGCCACUGAGGCUAUUUACAAUGAUGAGUUCUAUACUAAACAAGAUAUAAUUAUUACAGCAUUAGAUAAUGUGGAAGCCAGGAGAUAUGUAGACAGCCGUUGCUUAGCAAAUCUACGGCCCCUCUUAGAUUCUGGAACAAUGGGCACUAAGGGACACACUGAAGUUAUCGUACCUCAUUUAACUGAAUCCUAUAAUAGUCAUCGGGAUCCCCCAGAAGAGGAAAUACCAUUUUGUACUCUAAAGUCCUUUCCAGCUGCUAUUGAACACACUAUACAGUGGGCAAGAGAUAAGUUUGAAAGUUCCUUUUCCCAUAAGCCUUCAUUGUUUAACAAAUUUUGGCAAACCUAUCCAUCUGCAGAAGAAGUCUUACAGAAGAUACAAACUGGACACAGUUUAGAAGGCUGUUUUCAAGUUAUUAAGUUGCUUAGCAGAAGACCUAGAAACUGGUCCCAAUGUGUAGAAUUAGCAAGAUUAAAGUUUGAAAAAUAUUUUAACCAUAAGGCUCUUCAGCUUCUUCACUGCUUUCCUCUAGACACACGAUUAAAAGAUGGCAGUUUGUUUUGGCAAUCACCAAAGAGGCCUCCAUCUCCAAUAAAAUUUGAUUUAAAUGAACCUUUGCACUUCAGUUUUCUUCUGAAUGCUGCAAAACUGUAUGCUGCAGUCUAUUGCAUUCCAUUUACAGAAGAGGACUUAUCAGCAGAUGCCCUCUUGAAUAUUCUUUCUGCAGUAAAGAUUCAAGAAUUCAAACCUUCCAACAAGGUUGUUCAAACAGAUGAGACUGCAAGGAAACCGGAGCAGGUUCCUAUUAGCAGUGAAGAUGAGAGGAACGCUAUUUUCCAGCUAGAGAAGGCUAUUUCAUCUAAUAAAGCCACCACAAGUGACCUUCAGAUGGCGGUGCUUUCAUUUGAGAAAGAUGAUGAUCACAAUGGACACAUAGAUUUCAUCACAGCUGCAUCAAAUCUUCGUGCCAAAAUGUAUAACAUUGAACCAGCUGACCGUUUCAAAACAAAGCGCAUAGCUGGUAAAAUUAUACCUGCUAUAGCAACAUCCACUGCUGCAGUUUCUGGCCUGGUUGCAUUGGAGAUGAUCAAAGUAGCUGGUGACUAUCCAUUUGAAGCUUACAAAAAUUGUUUCCUUAACUUAGCCAUUCCAAUUAUAGUGUUUACAGAGACAUCUGAAGUAAGAAGAACUGAAAUCAGAAAUGGAAUAUCAUUUACAAUUUGGGACAGAUGGACUAUACAUGGAAAAGAAGACUUCACCCUCUUGGAUUUCAUAAAUGCAGUCAAAGAGAAGUACGGAAUUGAACCAACGAUGGUGGUACAGGGAGUCAAAAUGCUUUAUGUCCCUGUAAUGCCUGGCCAUGCAAAAAGAUUGAAGUUAACAAUGCAUAAACUUGUGAAACCUUCUACUGAAAAGAAAUAUGUAGAUCUUACUGUGUCAUUUGCUCCAGACACUGAUGGAGAUGAAGAUUUGCCUGGACCUCCAGUGAGAUACUACUUUAGUCAUGACACUGAUUAACAGAAGUUCUCUUAAAUUUACUCCAGGACUACUUGAUUUUGAAAAGAUUGCACUUAAUUCAGGAAUGAAAAUAUUAACUCAUAGUAUUAUGGAUUUCUCUUUGAUGAAGCCUUAAUUUAAGGGAAACGUCAUAGAAGACUACAGUGAAGAAUUGUAAAGCAUUUUGGAAUAUAAUAUAUACUUGUCUAGUGCUUCAUAUGUGGAUAUGAUCACAAGCAAUUUUGAACUGGACUGCUAUUUUAUAAUGCUUACAAAAAAUUAGUGUGUUAACCUCUGGAUGAGAAGAAGAAAAAAAUGUAUGUAUACAUCACCAGAAGAGAUAAAAGAUCAAGAAAUUGAAAGUAACAAAUGCAAAUAUCCAAGAAGUUUAAUCUUAUUUUAUGAAUUUCUUUUUGUGCACUAUUUGAGGCCCAGUUUUUCCAUACAAAUAGUGUUUGGCACCCUGCACCUCUCAUAAUUAGGCUUUGAGUUUAACACCAGUGGGAAGAGGAGAGAUGGUAGCAGUGGAUGAAGAGUAGCCAUUUUAAAUUGUACAGGUACAGUUUACUGUCCUGAACCUCUGCUAAUUUAACCAGAGUUUGUUAAUAUCACUGUCUUGCAAAAAUCAGGAUCUUUGUUGAUAACAUCAGUGUUGUAACCCAUGAGCAGUAGGUCGGAUGACAAAUGUUAACUUGGAUUAAAUGUGAACAGAUAAAUGCAGCUAAUCCUUUGAUUCUUCAGUAUGCCUUCUAAUGUGGCUAUUUUAUUUAUUUGGAACUCUAAACCUGACUGUCAUAGUAUAGAAGACUAAAAGGUCUUGUAAAGGGAGUAUCCUUAGAAGUAGAUGAAAAGUAGAAAUUAAAAAAAAAAAAAUCAUUACUAGUUGAGUCUUGAUUUUUUUUUUUCUUCCAACAACCUAAUGGACAGAAAAAAAAUAUUUUAAAGGGAAACAUAUUUUAUUCUGCAUUCCCAGAAAGGGUGUUGACAAAGAUAAAAAUUUAUUUUUUUAGGUCUUUAUUGAUAGAAUCUUUCUGUUUUCUGAUAGGAGAUAUUGCAGAUAAUCAUUAUAAAUUCUUUCAUUAAAAUGACAUAAAAUGUACUCUCGCUGUAAACUUGGUAAAAAUGGCAAGUGUUUUUUUAAUUUCUAAAGCUAUCAUGCAUUCUAAAGCAGUUGGCAUUUUAUAACCACAGGAAGUCAUUUCCCUCUAGCUGCUUCUCUUCUGAUCUCCUGUUCAGACCAUUAAUAAGUACUUUGAUAAACUAAAGACUAGAUUCACAUCAGUAUUACUCCUCUUUGGUAUCUUUUUAUACUCUCUACUUAACUUUCCUUUUAUUUCAUUUAUAAAUAGUUGAAAUUACUUUGUCAACCACCUGUAUUGCUUUAUUCUUUUGUAAAACUAUCAUCCAGUUGGGAAAACAUAUUUGGGAGUGGAGGGUAAGUUUGUAUGAAUAAAAGCAUAUUCUGCAUUGGAGGCAAGGAUAAGUGGACAGGUUGAGUUUAAAGGAAAUGGAUACCUUUGAAAUAAGUAAUUUUUGUUCAAGUAUAAUGUUUAAAAUUAAUUUCUUAAAGUUGAAUUCAGGAACAUCAGAGCUCUAUGGCUUGGAAUUCUUGAGGCUAGCAAUAAUAAAAGGACUUUUCUGUAAGAAGCCUCUUCCCCACUUUCAAUUUCCUUUGUAUGAUAGAUAUGCUUAUAUUUUAUCUAAAUCUCCACAUCUCUUCAGAAGUAAAUUUGGAACCAUGCUAUCAGCUUUUAUUUAUAGUAACUAGUGCUUUAAUAGAUACAAACAAAACCAACAGGAUUAAGUUCAUUUUAUGAUUAAACCUGAAAUCAUUUCAUCAUUUUUCCCCCUGUAGGUAAUGGUUAUUGCCAUUAAUUUCUAUUUAGUUCUAAGCGGGAAAGCCACGGUGAAGUUAAUGACAGGGUUUUUUUGGUUUUUUUUUUUUCAUUAUCUGUUUUAUCUCUGUACCGUGAGAUCACUUUGGGUGAUUAAAAUACCAGGUGCAAAAAUUAUUUGAUUUUGUAUGAUACCACUGAGUCAUUUUUUACUUAUUAAAAAUAAAUUAAGAUAUUUGACAGUA